AUGGCGUCCCAGAACUCAGACAUCCACCUCUACACUGCCCAGACUCCCAAUGGCAUCAAGAUCUCUAUUCUUCUUGAGGAGCUUGGUGUUCCUUAUAAGGUAACCGCAAUCGACAUCUCCAAAGACGUCCAGAAAGAGCCCUGGUUCCUUGAAAUCAACCCCAACGGCCGCAUUCCCGCUCUGACCGACAAGCUCGAGGACGGCACGCCCAUCUCCCUGUUCGAGUCGGGAGCCAUCAUGCAGUACUUGGUCGAACGCUACGACAAGGAUCAAAAGGUCUCGUACCCGCAGGGCAGCAAGGAGUACUACCAGACCCAGAGCUGGCUGUUCUGGCAGAUGGGCGGUUUGGGUCCCAUGCAGGGGCAGGCUAACCACUUCACUCGGUACGCGCCGGAGAAGAUCCAGUAUGGCAUCGAUCGGUACCAGAACGAGACGAGGAGGCUGUACAGGGUUAUGGAUGGGCAGUUGAAGAAGAACGGGACGGGCUAUCUUGUGGGCGAUAGGCCGACUAUUGCGGAUUUCUCGUGCUGGGGGUGGGUUGCUGCUCAUGGCUGGUGCGGCAUCAAGGACUUCGAGGCCCAGUUCCCCAACCUCAACGCCUGGCUCAACAGACUCCUCGAACGCCCCGGCGUCGAAAAGGGCAGACAUGUGCCCAGCAAGCACUCGGCGCUGGAGAACAACAAGUUGAGCGAGGAGGAGCUCGAGGCCAAGUCGGCGGCUUCUAGGGCGUGGGUCCAGAAGGGCAUGGCUGAGGAUGCGAAGAAGUAA